AUGUCCGAGACGGCACCCCCGGCCCCCUCGGCCUCCACCGCCCCCGAGAAGCCCUCGGCCGGCAAGAAGGCGAAGAAGCCGGCGAAGGCGGCGGCCACCGCCAGGAAGAAGCCCGCGGGGCCCUCGGUCUCCGAGCUGCUGGUCCAGGCGGUCGCCGCCUCCAAGGAGCGCAGCGGCGUGUCGCUGGCCGCGCUCAAGAAGGCGCUGGCGGCCGCGGGCUACGACGUGGACAAGAACAACAGCCGCAUCAAGCUGGGCCUCAAGAGCCUGGUGAGCAAGGGCACCCUGCUGCAGACCAAGGGCACCGGCGCCUCGGGCUCCUUCAAGCUCAACAAGAAGGCGGCCUCCGGCGAGGCCAAGCCCAGCGCCGCGAAGGUCAAGGCCACGGGCGCUGCUAAGAAACCCAAGAAGCCCGCGGGCGCCGCCGCCAAGAAGGCUGUCAAGACUCCGAAGAAGGCCAAGAAGCCGGCGGUGGCCAAGAAGGCUGCCAGGAGCCCCAAGAAGCCCAAGGCGGUGAAGCCCAAGAAGGUGGCCAAGAGCCCGGCCAAGGCCGUGAGGCCCAAAGCGGCCAAGGCCAAGGUGGCCAAGCCCAAAGCCGCGGCCAAGGCCAAGAAGGCGGCGCCCAAGAAGAAGUAG